GUGAACCCGAUGUGGGUGUUGGAGGUCCUCUGCAACAGCAGUACAAACUCUUAACCGCUGAGCCAUCUCUCCAGCCCCAGUUUUCCUUUCACUAACUGGCUGCUUCGAUCAGGGGGAAUUCCAGUUCACGCGCAUUUUUAAGAAGUCUUGUCGUUGGGAUCUUGCUGGGAUGCAAGGAGUUAAGAGGAAAUGGCCUAUUAGGGUUUUGCUAAUCCGAGAAACCCAGGACCUCAAAACUAUGUAGCCCGCCUGCAAAAGCCACCAGGCGGGGAUGGUUGGCCGAGAGGCCCCGGAGGUUCUGCGAGCAACCGCAGAGCAGGACCUAGAACGGCCAUGAGCAUCCCGAGAUCCGCUGGACCAAGGCCCUGACCCAGCGCACGAGAUAACGGCGGAGCUCUCGGGCCUGACCCGGGAAACUCAGGCAUGCUGAGAUUGCGGAUAUAUGGUAUCAGGAGUUCCCUAAGGAUUGAAUUGCGUUGUCACACUUGUGCUGCUCACUGAACCAUCUUGCUGGCUUCCUGAGAGACUUUGUGAAAGUAACAAACAAAAUACCAUUUCUGAAAGAAGGUUUUGGGUAACAAGUUCUGGAUAACAGGGCAAACCAAUUCCAUCACCAUGAGUUGGAGCUUCCUGACUCGCCUGCUAGAGGAGAUCCACAACCAUUCAACAUUUGUAGGGAAGAUCUGGCUCACCGUACUGAUUGUCUUUCGAAUUGUCCUGACUGCUGUAGGAGGAGAGUCCAUCUACUAUGACGAGCAAAGCAAAUUUGUGUGCAACACAGAGCAGCCAGGCUGUGAGAACGUCUGCUAUGAUGCCUUUGCACCCCUCUCCCACGUGCGCUUCUGGGUAUUCCAGAUCAUCCUGGUUGCAACUCCCUCUGUGAUGUACCUGGGAUAUGCUAUUCAUAAGAUUGCCAAAAUGGAGCAUGGCGAGGCAGACAAGAAGGCAGCUCGGAGCAAACCCUAUGCCAUGCGUUGGAAACAGCACCGGGCUCUGGAAGAAACGGAAGAGGACCAUGAAGAGGAUCCUAUGAUGUAUCCAGAAAUGGAGCUAGAAAGUGAAAAAGAAAAUAAAGAGCAGAGCCAACCAAAACCGAAGCAUGAUGGCCGGAGACGAAUUCGGGAGGAUGGGCUCAUGAAAAUCUAUGUGUUGCAGCUACUGGCCAGGACUGUGUUUGAAGUGGGCUUUCUAAUUGGACAGUAUUUCCUGUAUGGUUUUCAAGUCCACCCAUUUUAUGUGUGCAGCAGACUUCCUUGUCCUCAUAAGAUAGACUGCUUUAUUUCUAGACCCACUGAAAAGACCAUCUUCCUUCUGAUAAUGUAUGGUGUUACAGGCCUCUGCCUAUUGCUUAACAUUUGGGAGAUGCUCCAUUUAGGGUUUGGGACCAUUCGAGACUCACUGAACAGUAAAAGGAGGGAGCUUGACGAUCCGGGUGCUUAUAAUUAUCCUUUCACUUGGAAUACACCAUCUGCUCCCCCUGGCUAUAACAUUGCUGUCAAACCAGAUCAAAUCCAGUACACCGAGUUGUCCAAUGCUAAGAUUGCCUACAAGCAAAACAAAGCCAAUAUCGCCCAGGAGCAGCAGUAUGGCAGCCACGAGGAGCACCUCCCAGCUGAUCUGGAGACUCUGCAGCGGGAGAUCAGGAUGGCUCAGGAACGCUUGGAUCUAGCCAUCCAAGCCUACCAUCACCAGAACAACCCCCAUGGUCCUCGGGAAAAGAAGGCCAAAGUGGGGUCCAAAUCUGGCUCCAAUAAAAGCAGUGUUAGUAGCAAAUCAGGGGAUGGGAAGACCUCCGUCUGGAUUUAAUCUUGGUUGGGCUUAAAACUUGGGUUUUCAUAGUUUAUGGUAAGCAGUGGCUCGCUGAAUAAUGACUUCCAUUGAGUAAACAUUUGGCUCUGGUUAUCUUCAGGGAUGCUGUUGGCUCAUGAUCCAAACUCAGGGGACUCUGAAGGUGGAGCUGGGAUGAGUGGGGAAAGGAAAACACAGUGUUCCCAGGCACAUGUUCUCAGCAAUAAUACAGUUGCAGAACUUUACAUUGUGUCUUCCAGGUCCAGAGAAGAACAGAUCUAUUUAAAUCAUUCUGUUGAACAGUUUUUGUAUGUACAGUAUUAUGGUACAUUUUUUUAGUAUGAUAACUUUUUUUUUGUAUUUGUACAUUGGACUGCUGUAGUUAUACUUUUUUAUAUUAAAGGAAAAAUCCUUGUAAAUAAUGCCUGUUAAAAGCUAGUGUUAUUACUUUGUUUAGCAAAUGUUACCUUUGUGAUUAGAAUUGUAGUAGAUGCUACACUUAAUAAAAGUGCCUCUCGUGUUUGGGAAAGA